CAUUAUCAUUUCAUUUGCGACAAUUUUCAGAGUGUCGUCAAUGAUGUUCCGUGCUUGGGAAAACUGAAGCUGGAUUAGCGAGCGAAGCUUCAUAAAAUCGUCUCAGUUAUUUUCUCAUUUUGCAUUUGAACUGAAAUGUGAAUUUCUGGUAACCUAUGCGAUUAAAGAAAUUAGCAAACGUAGAGGUGUGACUUAUAUUUGUUUUUAAAAAUAUAUAAUUUAGUAAUUUUGAAAAAAAAUGUCACUCUUGGACAAAGGUGAUAAUGCUCCGCCGGAGAACUGCAAGCGUCUUGUAAUCCUCGGAUCUUCGAAUGUUGGUAAAACGUCGAUCGUGUCUCGGUUCUUACACAACAAAUUCGAGGAGGCGCACACGCCCACCAUUGAAAACUUCCACCGGAAGGUGUACAAAAUCCGGAGACAGGCGUAUCGCCUAGAUAUACUCGACACUGCCGGUAUCCUGCCCUGCCCAGCCACGAGGCGGCUCUCGUAUGCAACAGGGGACCUUUUUAUUCUAGUGUACGACAUCACGAGCCGCGAAUCCUUCCUCGAGUGUCAUCAAAUAUUAGAACAACUGUAUGAGAGCAAGCGGCAACAGUUAGGGUCAAAUCAAACCCACCUUCCCAUUCCCGUGAUGCUUGUCGGAAACAAACUUGACGCUGACCACGCGCGGACCGUCCACUCUUCAGAGGGGCGAAGUCUUGCUUCCAGUGACAACCGUUAUUUUGACGUUCUAGAAGUGUCCGCCAAACUGAACAUUAAUAUUGUCGAUAUUUUUGUUCGUCUGUUUCAAAUAGCGGAGUUGCCGACGGAAAUGUGUCCGCAAGCGCACCGGAAGGUUACCCCCUCAUAUCCGGAGAAGAGCAGCCGGAAGGGCUGGAACAUUCGGCGAAAGGUUAGCGAGGCGUGCGGUGUGGUACAGCCCAACCCCCGCCGUCCCUCUGUCGGCACUGACCUAAAGGCGGAAAUGGCCAUGCGCAAGGUAAACAGAGGCGACUCUCGGGAUACCAAAUGUGCCGUACAGUGAUGCGGUAUUUAGUAGUCAACUAACAAUUUGACUGACUAUCUUAUACAUGUAUAUUGUAUACUGUUGUUUCAGUUUUAGAGGUUUCGAAACACUACUUGGACGGUAUUUUCACGUGCACAAUAAUAACUAUUCGCCACCUCUCUAUCUGGCGUAUAGAUCCCUAUAGCUGGUUGCUUUCAGUAAAACGCAAGUCAAGUUAUACAUAUAUGAAUAUUAUUUCUAUGGACUACACGGCAUAUGCUGUAAAUCUUACUUUUUCACAUAUAAUUUAUCCUAUUUUGUUAUUGCCAUGUACAAUAAAAAUUCCAUGAUAUUAUCACAUCUGUUAUAACGGCAUAAAAUACUGCUUCUUUAAAUAAAAUUGCAUGUACACUUUGCACUGCUUACUGUCGCUAUAUAUCUGGAAGUUUAAUGGAUGAACAAUUUUUUAUUGAUGUCAUUACACUGUCUGUAUUUUGGGAUGGCUGCUUUCGUAAAUCUUGAAUAUAAAGAGAAAGCCAUUAUUAAAACUCACAUUUAAAUAAAUCUGCAGGCAUAUUGAAUGCGAAUCAAAAUUGGAUGCCAAAGAUGUGAGCUUGCCAAAAUGAGUAUGAUUCACUUUGCGCAGAAUACGUUAGCGUAGAGAGGGACUUUUGUGAUGGUAUAACUGUUGAAUAAGUUUGACUAGUUGGCAACAACACCUUUUCAGGUCUUUGUCUUUGGGUUGUGAAAAUGAAGGGUUUUGUGUAUCGAGGAUAAAUUCAGUCUAAAUAUGGUAAAUUACCAAUUGGUUAAGCAAGCAGUAACCAUAGCAUCAUAAUUUGGCCAAACAUGGGGGAGAAAGAGGUAUAAAUUUUAGCCCCCAGCUCUCUCCUCAAUCCUUACUUUUGAUAUAUGUAAUGUAUGUCUAUUGUUAAACCAAACAUGGUCCAAGACCUGUAUACACUACUAUUAUCGUACAUAGGUUAAAGAUGCACUCUUACUCCCAAAUAAGA